AUGCUCAGCAGGUUGAAAAGGCUUGUAGGGGCUCCAGAGCCCCCCCCUGCCCCGGCUGCAGACCCUCCUCCGGCCUCAGAUCCACCAGCUAAGGCCGCUGCUGCUCCUGCUCCUGCUCCUUCCGCUGCUCCUGCUGCUGCUGCUCCUCCUGUCGAUCCUGCCAAUCCAGAGGGUCCUGAAGGAGAACAACCUGCACCUCCUCCACCACCUGUUGUCUACUUCCGCUACACAGAUGAUACACUCAGAGAGUUGAUCAAAAGGUUAAAAGAACGGACAGCGAUGCUGAGAGAGAAAGCCAUAGAUCCUUACGCCACUUCUCCAGAAAUCACCCCACCUGUCACACCUAUCAUGAAGAAGGAGGACUACAUCAGGUUGAAGGAGGAGGAGCGGAUAGCGAAAGAGGAAGCGGUUAAAAAGAAGGCAGAGGAGGCCAUUAAAAAGGCGGAGGAGAAGAAGAAGAAGGAUGAGGAGAAGAGGCUGGAGGCUGAGAAGAAAGCGGAGGAGGAGAGGCUGGCGGAAGAGGCCAUGAAGAAAGUAAAGUUCCUCCCGGAAAUCAGCUGCUCCUGCUUUGAUGUCCUCAUUCAGCCGAUCGAGGAACUGAUGGACUCGACCAUUGGAACCACCAUAGAUCCUUUCACAGAUCGCCGCUACAUCGCCUGGUUGACUGUGGUUGCCGUGGCGUACAACUACAACCUUUGGUUUUGCUCGGCCCGUUUGGCGUUCCCUUUCCAUAACGCAACUGCUAACCCCUUCUGGAUAAUUUUUGAUUUUCUCAGUGACUUAGUGAAUGUGAUUGACAUCGUCAUUUGGCAGCCCCGCCUUCAGUUUGUGAAAGGCGGCGACAUCGUAAAAGAUCGAGCUAUGACAAAGGUUCACUAUCGAAAAUCACAACGAUUUAAGAUUGAUAUAUUCAGCAUCGUCCCCUUCGACAUUCUCUGUCUGCACUUUCAAUUCUCCACCAUCUACAGACUCAAUCGGUGGAUAAGGAUUGACUCGUUUUUUGAAUUCAGCGAUCGACUUGAGAGCAUCAUGUCCAAGGCUUACAUCUGGAGAGUGGCUCGCACCACAGGCUACCUGCUUUUCGUGCUCCAUCUCAACGCCUGCCUGUUCUACGUCGCCUCGGUUCACCAGGGCCUCGCAUCAACCACGUGGGUUUAUGACGGAAAGGGCACGGCGUACCUGCGGUGUUAUUACUUCGCCGUCCGCAGUCUGAUCAACAUCGGGGGUCUUCCAGAGCCGGUGACCAUCUUUGAGAUCAUGUUUCAGAUGACAAACUUCUUCUUUGGUGUCUUUGUGUUCUCGAGUUUAAUUGGACAGAUGAGGGAUGUCAUCGGAGCAGCCACAGCAGGACAGACAUAUUUCCGGGCAUCGAUGGACGGCUGUGUUGAGUACAUGAACACUUAUAGGAUCUCCAAGCUCGUCCAGAACAGAGUCCGUACCUGGUACAACUACACGUGGGCCGAACAGGGCAUGCUGGAUGAGUCCGAGCUUCUGGACAAGAUGCCUCUGGUGAUGAGAGUAGCCAUCGCCGUGGAUAUCAACCUGGCCACUUUUCAGAAGAUCGCACUGUUUCAGGGCUGCGACCAACAGAUGCUUGUGGACAUGUUGCUGAGGCUCAAAUCAAUCGUCUACCUACCUGGAGACUUUGUGGUGAAGAAAGGGGACAUCGGUAAAGAGAUGUACAUCAUCAAAGGUGGAGCGGUGCAGGUUGUGGGAGGACCUGACAACAGCAUUGUGUUUGUCACACUGAAGGCCGGCUGUGUGUUUGGAGAAAUCAGUUUACUGCAGUCUGCUAAGGACGGAGGAAACAGGCGCACAGCUAACGUCAAAGCACACGGCUUCGCCAACCUCUUUGUCCUGGAGAAGAAGGACCUGUUUGACAUCCUCGUCCACUACCCCGAGUCUCAGAAAGUGCUGGCCAGGAAGGGAAGGCAACUGCUCAAAGCCAAAGGUCCUGCAGCUGCUAAAACCGUUGAGGAGAAGAAGAAAGGUAUGACUCUGUUUGGAACCAAACCGCAAACACCCAAAAUGAUGAGAGCAUUUGCCGAAAUGCGCAAAGGAGGCUUCUUGGAAAGACUCAAGAAAGCUGCAGCAGAGGCAAAUUGA